AAAUCGGUGGGGUGGAGUACAGGAAGCUGCCGUCCCCGAAUAUCUCAACCCAACAUGGGCGAAAUCUAAUAACACCACCGAUCACAGCUCCCCUUUUUUCUUCGUUUCACGGGCGAGAAGCCGCGGAGAUUUGUGAUAUUUUUUUUUCUGGAUUUAAUUUGGAAAUUUGGAACCGAACGGCGAGAAGAUGUCUCGGGGAGUGAUCCAGCCCAGCCAGCAGAAGCUGGCAGAAAAACUCACCAUCCUCAACGACCGAGGCAUCGGGAUGUUGACCCGUGUUUACAAUAUCAAAAAGCAAGGACAAGUUUGGAAGGCAUGUGGCGACCCCAAGGCUAAGCCCUCCUACCUUGUCGAUAAGAACUUGGAGUCUGCUGUUAAAUUUAUUGUCAGGAAGUUUCCUGCCGUGGAGACACGGAACAAUAACCAACAGCUGGCUCAGCUGCAGAAGGAAAAGUCAGAGAUUCUCAAGAACCUGGCUCUCUACUAUUUUACCUUCGUAGAUGUCAUGGAAUUCAAAGACCAUGUGUGCGAGCUGCUGAACACCAUCGACGCCUGCCAGGUCUUCUUUGAUAUUACGGUGAACUUUGACCUCACCAAGAACUACCUGGACCUGGUGGUGACGUACACUACGCUGAUGACGAUACUGUCUCGCAUAGAGGAGAGGAAAGCCAUCAUAGGACUGUACAACUACGCCCACGAGAUGACACAUGGAGCCAGUGACCGGGAGUACCCCAGGCUGGGCCAGAUGAUCGUGGAUUACGAGAACCCCUUGAAGAAGAUGAUGGAGGAGUUUGUUCCGCAUGGAAAGUCCCUGUCAGAUGCUUUGAUCAGUCUUCAGAUGGUCUAUCCCAGGAGGAAUCUGUCCGCUGACCAGUGGAGGAACGCCCAGCUGCUCUCUCUCAUCUCUGCUCCCUCCACCAUGCUUAAUCCUGCACAGUCAGACACUAUGCCGUGUGAAUACCUCUCGCUGGACACAAUGGAGAAGUGGAUUGUUUUUGGUUUCAUCCUGUGUCAUUCGGUGCUGAACAGCGAUGCAGCAGCGUUGCCUUUGUGGAAAUUGGCUCUGCAGAGCUCCACCUGCCUCUGUCUGUUCAGGGAUGAAGUCUUCCACAUCCACAAGGCCGCAGAGGACCUGUUUGUGAACAUCAGAGGAUACAACAAACGCAUCAACGACAUCAGGGAGUGUAAAGAACAGGCCCUGUCUCAUGCAGGCUCCAUGCACAGAGAGAGACGCAAGUUCCUGCGAUCAGCUCUGAAAGAGUUGGCCACUGUUUUAGCCGAUCAGCCUGGACUGCUCGGUCCAAAGGCCUUAUUCGUGUUCAUGGCGUUGUCGUUCGCCCGUGACGAGAUCAUCUGGCUGCUUCGACACGCAGACAACAUCCAGAAGAAAAGCACAGACGACUUCAUCGACAAACACAUAGCAGAGUUGAUCUUCUACAUGGAGGAGCUCAGAGCUCACGUCAGGAAGUACGGCCCUGUGAUGCAGCGAUACUACGUCCAGUACCUGUCCGGCUUCGAUGCUGUGGUGCUGAAUGAACUGGUGCAGAACCUGUCUGUGUGUCCAGAGGACGAGUCUAUAAUCAUGUCUUCAUUUGUCAACACAAUGACCUCUCUCAGCGUCAAACAAGUGGAGGAUGGAGAGGUGUUUGACUUCAGAGGCAUGAGACUGGACUGGUUCAGACUGCAGGCCUACACCAGCGUCUCUAAAGCCAGUCUGGGUAUCGCCGAUCACAAGGAGCUCGGCAAAAUGAUGAACACCAUCAUCUUCCACACAAAGAUGGUUGACUCUCUGGUGGAGAUGCUGGUGGAGACGUCAGACCUGUCGAUUUUCUGCUUCUACAGCCGUGCGUUUGAAAAGAUGUUCCAGCAGUGUUUGGAGCUUCCCUCCCAGAGCCGACACUCCAUCUGCUUCCCUCUGCUCUGCACACACUUCAUGUCCUGCACACACGAGCUCUGUCCUGAGGAGGUAAAUACACAUGCAGAUACACGUCACCACAUAGGGGAUCGAAGCCUGUCGUUGUGUAACAUGUUUCUGGAUGAAAUGGCCAAGCAGGCCAGAAACCUGAUCACUGACAUCUGCACUGAACAAUGUACACUUAGCGACCAGCUGCUUCCUAAGCACUGUGCGAAAACCAUCAGCCAGGCCGUGAACAAGAAGAGCAAGAAGGCAACGGGGAAGAAGGGCGAGCCGGAGAGAGAGAAACCAGGCGUGGAGAGCAUGAGGAAGAACAGACUACUGGUCACCAAUCUGGAUAAACUCCACACAGCGUUAUCUGAACUCUGCUUCUCCAUCAACUACGUUCCCAACCUGGCAGUCUGGGAGCACACAUUCACACCGAGAGAGUACCUCACCUCGCACCUGGAGAUCCGAUUUACCAAGUCCAUAGUGGGGAUGACCAUGUACAACCAGGCUACUCAGGAGAUAGCCAAGCCCAGCGAGCUGCUGACCAGCGUCAGAGCCUACAUGACGGUGCUGCAGUCCAUAGAGAACUACGUCACCAUCGACAUCACCCGGGUCUUCAACAACGUCCUCCUGCAGCAGACGCAGCACCUGGACAGUCACGGGGAGCCAACCAUCACCAGUCUGUACACAAACUGGUACCUGGAGACGUUGCUCCGUCAGGUCAGUAACGGACACAUCGCCUACUUCCCCGCCAUGAAGGCCUUCGUCAACCUGCCCACAGAGAACGAGCUGACUUUCAACGCCGAGGAGUACUCCGACAUCUCUGAGAUGCGUUCGCUGUCGGAGCUGUUGGGUCCGUACGGGAUGAAGUUCCUCAGUGAGAGUCUGAUGUGGCACAUCUCAUCACAGGUCGCUGAGCUGAAGAAACUGGUGGUAGAAAACAUGGAGGUGUUGACCCAGAUGAGGACGAGCUUUGACAAACCAGAGCACAUGGCCGCCCUCUUCAAGAAACUCACCUCUGUGGACAGUGUGUUGAAGAGGAUGACCAUCAUUGGAGUCAUCUUGUCUUUCCGCUCGCUGGCUCAGGAAGCUCUGAGAGAUGUGUUAUCCUGUCACAUUCCUUUCCUGGUCAGUUCGGUCGAGGACUUCAAGGACCACAUUCCCAGGGAGACGGACAUGAAGGUGGCCAUGAACGUCUACGAGCUGUCGUCAGCAGCAGGUCUACCCUGUGAGAUCGACCCGGCUCUGGUUGUGGCUCUCUCCUCGCAAAAAAGCGAGAACAUCAGUCCAGAGGAGGAGUACAAGAUCGCCUGUCUGCUGAUGGUGUUCGUGGCCGUUUCCUUGCCAACACUGGCGAGCAACGUGAUGUCACAGUACAGCCCCGCCAUCGAAGGCCACUGCAACAACAUCCACUGCCUGGCCAAAGCCAUCAACCAGAUCGCUGCUGCUCUCUUCACCAUCCACAAGGGGAGCAUAGAGGACCGCCUGAAGGAGUUCCUGGCUUUGGCCUCGUCCAGUCUGCUGAAGAUCGGCCAGGAGACGGACAAGAUGACGACGCGUAACAGAGAAUCUGUCUACCUGCUGCUGGACAUGAUCGUGCAGGAGUCGCCCUUCCUCACCAUGGACCUGCUGGAGUCCUGCUUCCCCUACGUCCUGCUGCGAAACGCCUACCACGCUGUCUACAAACAGAGCAUCAGCGCCAACGCAUAGACGCACAGCGACGGCCUACCACACCGUCUACACACUAUCAGACACACACUAACGGCAAACACUAAAACACAAACUAAACACACUAAACUAUGCCUACAAAAACAUCAGCGUGUGACAACCGACACACUGAUUUAAACAAUUCAACUCUAAACGCAGAACAAAUACACCAAAAUGCCAAAAGAACAUUAAAGAAAAUACUGACAAUAAAACACUGAAUUUAGACAAGCACGACACAAACACACACACACACAGACAGACACACACUAGCUGGAUGAAGUUGGGGGAUCAGUGUCUUUAUUUUAAUCAUUGUACUUUUCCAUGAUGUUGCCAGGGACCGUAACCAUAGCAACACAUAAUAUACCAUAUGUUUGGUUGGUAUAAAAGAACAAAAAUAUAAAUAUAUAGUAUAUAUAUAGUUGACACUAAAAUAUUAUUUUCUUUUGUUGUUUUUUUCUUUUGUUGUUUUUUUUUUUGUUUGUUUUCCGAUGAAAGAUUUGAGAUUUUUUUUUUUUUCAUUUUAGCGGCCAGCUGACGACUUCUUCUACGUGGUGAUGGAUUUUGGAUGCUUACUUUUUGGGGGAAUGCAAAUGGUUCUGAUGAUGUGACGUGGGUUUAAUUUUUUAUUUUAUUUUUCUGCUCUUGUCGGAGGAGGGUGGGUGGGGGAUUGAGGAUUUCCUGUUGAUAAUGAAAGACAUGUUGCUUGUUAAUGUAAGUUUACACUCAUGAAAACACACACUGACAGACAUCCUGAGCAGAUAUAUAACACCACAUGCACACUAAUAUCUCGACAUUUCAUGGUAAAAGAAACACAAACAAACAAACACACAUUUGUAUAACAUGGUGAUGUUUUCUUUCUUUUUUUCAAGCUAGUCGUAACAUGAACUUUUUGUGGGUAAAGAUAUAAUAUCUGUAUUCUACUUUGAUGUGAACUGAACUCGUCUGUUUUUAAUGUUUAUGUUUUGUUAUUUUUAUGAUGAUGACGACAAUGAUGAUGAUGAUAAUGAUGAUGAUUUGCCAAAUGUGUUGACACUAAAAACAUUGUGUAUCAGGGCGUGGAAGUGGAAGUGGAGUGUUUGGGUUAUUAAUGGGUGAAAUGCCUUUUUUUGUUGUUGUUGUUUGGACGGUUUGGACCACAAUAAUCCGCCUGACUCUCUGCGGCAGCUCGGUUAACAGAAGAACUUUUACAGUGGGAACAAAUGUUACAGAAAGAGAAAAGUACUGCAGUGGUUCUGCGGUGUCGGCUUGGAGCUGCCAGAAUUAUUCCUCACAGCUGUUGAGUUAAAGGUCCAGUAGGUGCUACUAUUUCUCCUCGAAUGGUUCCAAGUAGAAAUGAAACAACGCCAGUGCAACAUAUAAUUUAUAUGAUCUUUUCUGUGUUUUGAUUUUUACAGUGGCAGUCUUGGUAGUGCCAGCAAGGCCCCUACUGGAGCAGCUGGGGGGAAUAGUGCCUUGCUCAAAGGCGCCCUGACAGCAGCUGUCGAGGGUCCACACCAUCUACGUGCUUGUGGUUAGACACACAGAUCAGACACAACUUUUAAAACCACUGGUAUCUUGUCGCUUUAUGCUGCUGCUGGCAUUCAUACGGAUACUUGGCGUGCACCACCCGCCCAGAGACCCCGCGGCGAUUACACCCUCUAACGACGGGCCUUCAAAUUCCCGGAUCAAGCAAGACACGGGAGCUCUUUGGGCGGGAACAAGUAGCCCACACAAUUGAACCGUCUGCAGUGCAACCUUCUGGCACAUGUAAACAAAAUGUACCUUACACCACAUAUGUUUCGGCACUUUUGUUCUGGAGAACUUGUCUAAAUAUUCCAGUUUACACUCGGGAGUUCUGACUUUUGAGUGGCAUUCCAUGUGGUUUCUCCAGUUCUAGGUUGGAUAUGUGUCGAGCAGGAUUUGUCUUGUUCCCUGGACACAGGUAACAUCGUCCUGGAUCUCGGGGAGGGUGGUUUCCACAUGAAUGCCAGAAGCAAAAAAAAAACCAACAUGGUUUUGUAACCGGUUAAUCAAUACUGUUCUCUUCCUAACUCGGUGGUUCUAACGUUGCGGCUGAUCGGGUCUAAAUGUGUUCGGACUUUUAACUCCCAAUAGGAGCGUUUUAGAGUAAAUCUAACCAAUUCCUCCGCAGAGAAACAAUUAAAAUCCUUAAUCGAUCUCAAACCUGUGAAAGUCAACAAAAACCUGGAGUUGCAAUAAGACAAAUAAAAUGCAUAUAUACACUCUGGUGGUGAUGUUUUUCACUGGAUUUAUAGACUUCAGUGCUUAAAUGAAGCAGUUAUACUUCCGGGAUGGUUGCAGGAGACAUUGUAGGACAGACGGACGACUUUUACAAAAUGAAGUCUGGUUUAUUUAGUAUUUUUUUUCCCUCAAUCAUAGCGCAGCGAGGGCUUCAUACUGAGACACACACCUCUGCCUCGGUGCCAGCCGUCUGCUGUUCUACCUUGGGACUGUUUUUGGAAGCAAAGUGAGGUCAUAUUUUACAGUAUGUAGCAGGAAAACACUAAAAUCUAGUGAAACGACGUGUCUGCACUUUACAGUAGAUCCACAUGUCUUAUUCCGGUGUGGUUUUUUAGUUGGUAGUUUGAAUUAUAAGCAUGUGAGGACGGAUUCCACGGACACAUUCUGCCAUUUUGAUGUGGAAUGGUUGCUGUUUUUUCUUUCUAACCUCCUUUUUAUUUUUUUGUGUCUCUCUCUGAUUCCACCGUGUAACUUAAUGACAUGAAUUUAAAAUAAUAAUAAACUUUAGGGCUGUGUCAGA